AUGGACCCUUUGUCUCUGGUGGCCGAACACUGCGCCGAUGCCGGACACACAUUCGCCUUUCAGCAUGUCGAAAUUAUGGGCCGAGGAAACGAUUGCAUAGCCAGGGAAACAAUCGAGGCUUGGCACACGGGGACAACCUCCAUCAACCGCUGUGUGGCUCUUCCCGCUGCCUAUCAAGCCCUUCGAGCGCAGCCCAGUAAACAAAUGAGCAUAAGAGCACCCAGGCUAAAUAUGAAUCCAGAUAUGAGCGAGUCCAUGGCGGAUACACACUCAGCCACCCCUCAACCGGGUUCCGACGAGUCCUUGCGGCGUAAACAAGAUUGCCGGGCUUGGACGACAGCUACGGUCAAUGAAGGUAGGAACGACGACCACCAACGUCCCAACACCGGCCUCCGAUGUAGAUUGAGUACAUUCCGUCACCCUCCCUCCCCCCACCCGCCCGCCAGGUGUGCUGAUGACCACUAAAGCUGAUCCACCACCCUCUCAUCCGGCGAAAAGUCGCUAUAGGACUCCCCCCGUCCCUUCCCCCUUGCCACCCGGACUUCAUAUGUAAGAAAACCCGUUUUUACAUGACUGUUACCCAUCUAUAAAUACUGUGAGGCGCGAUACCACACUCACCUCCGACGAUGGAAGCUUGUAUGCUUUUGAAACGCCAGGACAGUAAAACUUUGGUUCCCGAGAUCGCCUUUCAAUCAGGAAAGUGCGCACUGCGAUCUAUUUUAAUACUUUCAAAGGUGCGCAUGAUCUUUAUAGCCUUUUCUUAUUUUAGUUCACCUUAACACUCUGUUUUCAGUCUGCUCCAUAUUUUAAGUACGUGCACCCUGUGCGGUGACAGUUCUCAGUCUACGCCACAAUUCCCGUCGAUCGAUGGCUUCAAUCAAGCGAGACUUGACGCCCGCAGGGCUGUACCUGAUGUCUACUCAAUGCCGUGUCUUUCACUGAUUUGUUGCAGGUUGGAUGCCGGACUUCAACCGCAACAGCGCUCCCUCAGUUUAAGCAAAGACUUGCUGCUUCUGCCUGCUCAGUCGGAUGUCAAAUCUCCUGCUCUCGUGAAAUCUGUCCAAUCACCAAAUCUUGCCGGGGCUGCGAUGGCACGAGUUGCCGACCAUCGUGCCCUGACAAUGCAGCAUUCUCCGCAUGAUGGCACGUUCCGAACGCCCACGUUUCUUCCCUUCUGUCGAGAGCUUCAGCAGGUGACCGUUCUCCGCUCCUUCCUCUCCCCUCCAUGGCUCUGCCCAACCGUCUUUCCACUCCUGCUUAACUGA